AUGGAUUCUCCUAAUCUAUUUACGACCUCUCAGGGGUUUGUAAAUUUACUAACUAGCCAACAAGAAAUCACAUAUAGCUUUCCCCAAACUAUCGACCUUGGAUCAUCUGAACUACCUCGGUUUAGUAGCCAAAGCUCAGAUGAUCCAAGUGUACCUGUUGAAGAUCGAAGGCAAACAAGGCCAUGGACGGCGAAGGAGGAUGUUGUGCUCAUUUCAGCCUGGUUGAACACUAGCAAAGACCCUGUGGUCGGAAAUGAGCAGAAGUUGGAGGCUUUUUGGAAGAGGAUCCAAAAAUACUUCAACUCUAGCCUUGAACUCAGUGGUCCAGAAGCAAGAACGGCUAGUCAGUGCAAACAAAGGUGGGGGAGGCUGAACGAUCAGGUGUGCAAGUUUGUCGGUUGUUUUGAAGCCGCCGUGAAGGAUAAGAGAAGUGGGCAAAAUGAUAAUGAUGUGCUGAAGGCAGCACCCGAGAUUUUCUUUAACGACUACCAAGCAAAGUUCACUCUAGAGCACGCAUGGAGAGAGUUGCGUUUUGACCAAAAAUGGUGCUCAAAGGGAUCAGGGAAACGAAGAAAGAUGGAUGAGUCAGCAAGCAGCCAAGAGGAAGUCGUGCUUGAGGAUGAUUCAGAGCCACGUCCGAUUGGAGUUAAGGCUGCAAAAUCUGGUGGUACAGCUAAGAAGAGUGGAUCAAAGCUCAAAGCUGAGGUUCAAGCAGAUAAAACUCUUAAGCAUCUACAGACUGUGUGGGAAAUCAAGCAAAGUGAUAUGGAAAUGAAGCAACAUGAUUUGGAAUUGAAAGACAAGCUGUCAAGCAAGAAGCUGCUUGAAAAGCUACUUACUAAACCCGAGCCAUUGACUGAAACCGAAAUGAAACUUAAGGACAAGCUAAUCAAUGAUCUGUUGUAA